AAGGUGCUGCCGUGGUAGAACGCAAGCGGAGAGAUGGCUGUGAGGGAGUCGGCGGCAGGCCUUCCCGGGCCCGGGAGGGACGAAGAGGCGGCACUGCUCUUCGAGAGGGCCCAUUACCGGCACGACCCGCGGUGGCUGCUGCCCAUGUCCCCACGCCUCUGCCUGGCCUGCGCGCUGGAGCUGCUGCCGGAGCCUAGCGUAUCGUUGGUGCGCAAGAAGCACGUGCUGUCCGGCUUCCGAGAUGCUCUCAUGAGGCAUGCCUCCCUGGUCAUGCAGCUGGUGGCUCAGGAUCAGAGAGUCUGUAUCCACUUCAUAAGCACACUUUUCGGACUGUUAUGCAAUGUAGAGGAUGGGAGUAUAACAGACCUCUGUAUUGAAGUCCUUAUCCAGCUUACAACUCAGCUGAAGUUAGAGCAGACCAUUCAUUGCCUGCUGGAUGAGUGUCACAAAGAGCUGUGUAACAUGCCCUCCAUGCGAGGCAGCCUGGCCACCCUGACCCUUCUCGGCAAGUUGGUGGAUGCGAUCCCUGCUCUGGCAGACAAGCUUGUGAUGGAGCACAGUGACCUGAUGGAACAUCUGUUGAGAGGUUUAGUAUACCCCAGUGAGGGGGUGCAAGCUUCUGUCUGCUACCUUUAUGGGAAGCUGUACUCCUCACCAGUUGCAGCCGAGAUGCUUUUGGGCCAUUUCCGGGAGAAACUGUGUCCUCUCUUCCUUUCCACCAUGGAUGGUGCCCAGACAAAGGAGCUAAAGAUCAACUGCUUGGGUUUGCUGAGGCAGCUGCUGAAGUAUGACCUCUUUGUGUCCAUGAUCAUGAACAAAUCUGUGCUGGUGGAAAGUACUGAGAGUGUUGAGGGGCCACCAGGAGAGACCUCACUGCCUUUGGUGCUCAAAAAGCUUCUUCUUUCCAGGGAUGAGACUCUGCAGGUGGCCAGUGCCCACUGUAUAACUGCAGUACUGCUGCACUCACCAGCGAAGCAUGCCCCAGCCUUCAUCCAUGCUGACAUCCCAGAGUUCCUCUUUGAGCAUCUUUCCUCUUCCAGUGAAGUGCUUGUCUGGUCCAGCUACAACUGCUUGAUACUUCUGGCAGAAGAGCCACUCUUCUUUUCCAAGUGCCACACGGUGUACGGGAUCGAGUCAGUGGUGAGGAGCCUACAGGGAAUCCUGAGGAUGAACAACACCGAGCUGCACAAGCAGGGCCUGCUGCUCUUUGCUCAGAUCCUGACUCGGCAGCCAGAGGAGAUCAGGCUGUUCACAAGCUCAGCCAUGUGCAGAGAUGCUGGCCGUGCCCUCCAAGAGGCAGUGAACAGCCCUGUGCUGGAGGUGGCUGCCGAGGCAGUGAAGGCCAUUUCUGCCUUUCUGAGGAAGGACCAUCAGAGUGCUCUACCUGUGCUGUACAAGGAGCUACAGGCCUUGCUCAAAGCCAUGCUGAGCCGGUGUGCAGAUUUUUCCCAGACCCCGCUGAACUGGAGGCCCCUGGGCCAUGCCUCCAGUAGAGAUUCAGAGAAGGCCAUUCUUCGAAGAGGAAGGUUCCUCCUGAGCACUCUGGAGGGAUUUAGAAAUGCCUGCAGGUUGGCUGUGGAAUUCCAGAACGAGCCUUCGGCCCAGGAGAAUCCAUUCACAGCUCCCAGUGCUGAGAAAGAAGACACCUUGGAGGCCUUCUCAGAAUUUCUUCUCAGUGCCUGUGACUCCUUGUGUAUCCCCAUGGUGAUGAGGUACUCGGAACAGGCCACUCAUCCAGCCUUGAUGGAGGUUUUCCUCUCAGUUCUGCACAGCCUUUUUGUCAUCGUCCCCCACAUGAAGGAGAAAUUCUCCAAGAAGCUUGCUGCCUCAUCCUUCAUACAGCUGACCCUGGAACUGAAGGCCAGGUUCUGCAGCGGCCUGAGUCACUCAGCCCUAAACCAGGUGUGUUCCAGUUUCCUCUACUACAUGUGCAUCAACCUCCUCUCAGCUCCAGAGAAGACAGGACCACCUUCCCAAGAAGAACUAUCUGCAGUGUCUGAGCUUCUGCAGCGUGGGCUGCCCCAGAUAAGCAGCAGGAGCCCUGAAAGCCUUGCUUUCCUGUCGGAUCGCCAGUAUGUGGAGGGAGCCACUCGCCAGAGACAGUACUGCAUCCUGCUCCUCUUCUACCUGGCCUACGUUCACGAGGACAGGUUUGUCUCAGAGGCGGAGUUAUUCAUGGCUGUGCGAAGCUUCCUCCUGUCUCUGCAGGACCAGGGUGAACGCCCUCCACUGGUGGUCUUCAGAGCUUCCAUCUAUCUACUUGCAAUCUGCCAGGACAAAGACGGUGCGCUAGAUGAGGCUGUGGUUGACGCCAUCAGAAAAUUACUAGAGGGCAUCCUGGACCUGCACCUAGUCUACACCCACCACCCCCUCGUGCUCAGGUUAUUCCUGUUGUAUCCAGAGCUGAUGAGUAGGUUUGGGCACCGUGUCCUGGAACUUUGGUUCUCCUGGGAAGAGAGCAUCUGUGAGGAGCUGGAUAAUGUCGCCUCUGCUGGGCAGCCCACCCUUCCCGCCAGCUUAGCAGCCCUGUUUCAUGUGCUCAGAAGCAGCCCCAGCACCCUGCUCAUUUUGCUAGACCUCAUCUAUUCCAGUCCAGUGGACACAGCCCGCAAGGUACUGAUCGUCCUGAGGACCUUUUUGAGGAGGAAUGAGGAUGUCCAAGUGGGCGGUCUCAUCCGAGGCCACUUCCUGCUGAUCCUACAGCAUCUGCUGGUGGAACAUGGGUCCUCCCCAUCAGGAGCCUCGGGGAACCUGCCUUUGCUGCUGAGCCUCCUCUCCUUAGUGCAGCUGAGGAACGAGUCAGAGCAAGAACUGGACAGCAUGGCCAUGAAGCUCCUUCACCAAGUGAGCAAGCUGUGUGGGAAAUGCAGUCCCACUGACACAGACAUCCUGCAGCCCUCCUUCAACUUCCUGUAUUGGAGCCUUCAUCAGACCACGCUGGGCAGUCAGAAAAGAGCUGCUGCAGUGCUCCUGAGCAGCACGGCCCUGAUAGAGCUUCUAGAGAAGACGCUGGCCCUCACCUGGGCUGAGGAGGGCUCUCCCAGGACCGAGCUCCUCUGCUCCGCCUGGCUGCUCACUGCCUCCUUCUCUGCCCAGCAGCACGAUGGCAAUCUGCAGGUUCAUCAGACACUGUCUGUGGAACUGGACCAAGUAUUGAAGGCCCUCAGCUUUCCGAAGAAAAAGGCUGCACUGCUCUCAGCUGCCAUCUUACGCUUCCUGCGGACAGCCCUGCAACAAAGCUUUUCCUCUGCCCUGGUUACUCUGCUGCCCUCAGGGGCCCAGCCACCGCCAGCCCCUGAGGACACUGUCCUAGCUCCACUGGGAACAUUACAAGUGCUGUCCCUGGUCAUCGGACUGCAGAACCUCCUGGUUCAGAAGGACCCUCUGUUGUCCCAUGCCUGUGUCGGCUGCCUGGAGGCUUUGCUUGACUACCUGCAUGCCCGGAGUCCAGACAUCGCACUCCAUGUGGCCUCCCAGCCCUGGAAUCGGUUUUUGCUAUUUACCCUCCUGGAUGCUGGAGAGAAUUCCUUCCUCAGAGCUGAGCUCUUGAGGCUCAUGACCCUGUUUGUGCGGUUCCGGAGCAGCAGCAUCCUCUCUCAUGAAGAGGUGGGCCACGUUCUGCAAGGCGCAGCUUUGGCUGACCUCUCUACCCUCUCCAGCACCACACUCCAGGCUCUGCGUGGCUUCUUCCUGCAGGUCCAGAGCAUGGGCCUCCUGGCUGAUCAUCGCAUGGCCCAGACCCUGCAGGCCUCCUUGGAGGGUCUUUCCCCCAGGGCCUCCACUGCCCAGCCGCCCCUACAGGACAUGAUCUGCCUGGGAGGAGUGGCUGUAUCCCUGUCCCACAUCAGAGACUGACCCUCAGGACCUGAAGGCCCAGAAACAGAACUGAGACCUGGAGAAGACAAAGUCAGGGCGCGGUGGUUUGGGGGAAAUGGAUGACAACUGCAGCCGUUCAUCUGGAGCCAUUUACUCCAUUGUUGAAAUAGAAUCAGGAAAUAGUGAUAUACUCACAUGCCU